CGCCGCGGCCCCAGGUACGCGGACAAGAUGGCGGCGGCAGCGGUCGACAGCGCGAUGGAGGUGGUGCCGGCGCUGGCGGAGGAGGCCGCGCCCGAGGCGGCGGGCCUCAGCUGCCUGGUCAGCCUGCCGGGCGAGGUGCUGGAGUACAUCCUGUGCAGCGGCUCGCUGUCGGCCGCCGACAUCGGCCGCGUCUCCAGCACCUGCCGGCGGCUGCGCGAGGUGUGCCAGAGCAGCGGGAAGGUGUGGAAGGAGCAGUUCCGGGUGAGGUGGCCUUCCCUUAUGAAACACUACAGCCCCACCGACUACGUCAAUUGGUUGGAGGAAUAUAAAGUUCGGCAAAAAGCUGGGUUAGAAGCCCGGAAGAUUGUAGCCUCGUUCUCAAAGAGGUUCUUUUCAGAGCACGUUCCUUGUAAUGGCUUCAGUGACAUUGAAAACCUUGAGGGACCAGAGAUAUUUUUUGAGGAUGAACUGGUGUGCAUUCUAAAUAUGGAAGGACGAAAAGCUUUGACCUGGAAAUACUACGCCAAAAAAAUUCUUUACUACCUACGGCAACAGAAGAUUUUAAAUAAUCUCAAGGCUUUUCUUCAGCAGCCUGACGACUAUGAAUCAUAUCUCGAAGGUGCCGUGUAUAUUGACCAGUACUGCAACCCGCUCUCAGACAUCAGCCUCAAAGACAUCCAGGCCCAGAUUGACAGCAUUGUGGAGCUUGUUUGCAAAACCCUCCGGGGCAUAAACAGCCGCCAUCCCAGCUUGGCCUUCAAGGCAGGUGACUCCUCCAUGAUAAUGGAAAUAGAGCUUCAGAGCCAGGUGCUGGAUGCCAUGAAUUAUGUCCUUUAUGACCAGCUGAAGUUCAAGGGGAACCGAAUGGAUUAUUAUAAUGCUCUCAACUUGUACAUGCACCAGGUUUUGAUCCGUAGAACAGGAAUCCCAAUCAGCAUGUCUCUGCUCUAUUUGACAAUUGCUCGGCAGUUGGGAGUUCCCUUGGAGCCUGUCAACUUCCCAAGUCACUUCUUAUUAAGGUGGUGCCAAGGCGCAGAAGGGGCCACCCUGGACAUCUUUGACUACAUCUACAUAGAUGCUUUUGGGAAAGGCAAGCAGCUGACAGUGAAAGAAUGUGAAUAUCUGAUCGGGCAGCACGUGACUGCAGCGCUCUACGGGGUGGUCAACGUCAAGAAGGUGUUGCAGCGAAUGGUGGGAAACCUGUUAAGCCUGGGGAAGCGGGAAGGCAUCGACCAAUCAUACCAGCUCCUGAGAGACUCAUUGGAUCUGUAUCUGGCGAUGUACCCGGACCAGGUGCAGCUUCUGCUUCUUCAAGCCAGACUCUACUUUCACCUGGGAAUCUGGCCAGAGAAGGAAUAUUGGCUCUACUGCCAGGAAUUGGCUGUUCCCUUUGUGAUUGGCACCCAGAACCACAAAACCUCUGCCCUGUCACUCACCCACCGGUGCCCCAAGCUUUGGCUUUCCCAAGUCACCAUCAACACAGGGAAGCAAACUGUGUUAGACCUUCAGCUGACUGUUAGCAACUAAACUGGCCAUGAAUAAGUACCCCUGUUUAACAGGAAAAUCACUUUGGCCACUGAACUACUGAAGACCAGUUUUGUUUCCAGAAAUGGUUGGAUUUUCCUACUGUCAACUUGAAUGUCCUCAGUUUUAGAAUGGCUCCUUGGCCAGUAGCACGCACUGUGAGAGGGGACAGUGCUGACAUCAGAGCUGGUCCCACGCGGUGUGGGUGUAGCAUACGUGUGUGGUCCAGUCACAUGUGACUGUGCAGGAGCCAGCGGCACACUCCCACCCUGCCCUUGCCGUCCCCUGGACGUGAGGCAGUAGUCCAUAUUGUCUGUCUAAACCAGCAUGGUGGAGGAGUUGAUUCCCAGCUGUCACUGCAAUGUCACCAUAAACUCAUCUCCCUGAGUCACUAGAGAAGGGCGUGAUCUUUUUGGAGAAUGUAAAUAUUCUAAGUGAGGCUACAUUGCUUAGAUUUACAUUGUCUCAUUAGCUUACUGCUUUAAAGAUCUAAAGUCGAUCUACGAAAACACUUGGGGAGAUCCCAGGCUCUGUCUUAAGAAGCUGUCCACAGCUGGGACAGCGCAGUUUCUCCCCCGGAAGGUCAGAGAGUGUUAGUGCUGCUGAAGUGUCACCUCCUCCCUGCACCUCAGCUGUCUAGGUUGUAAUCAUCCAUUUAUAUUUUUAAUUGUAUUCAUUUACUUUCGAUACCAGGAUAUGUGUAACUGAUUCUGUCACUUGCUACUUUAGAUUUGUUAAGGGAUUUCACGAUCAUCCAUGAAGCACAGAUCCUUUCAUUGUGAAUCCUGUAGUUAAGUGGGAAGUUAUGCUGUGGACAGUCCCUGUUGUGAGGGACAGUCUGCGGAAGCUCUGGUGUCCUUACCUGCACACCUGACUAACGUCAGCACUCACGCUUUUCUCCUGGGGAAUGGCCUCGGGGGCCCUGCAGGGAGCAUGUCCACCUUCCGUCCAGGCAGGACUUUGCGCAGAGAACCUUUCCUCGUGGCAGUGCUGCUGCACUGGGCACAGUUCUCUGGGGAUCAGGAAAGAACGUGGCUCUUCCCAGUGCACCCGAGACUCCUUCCUCUUGAAACAGACGCUCCCGCAUGGAAGUAGCACUUGCCAUGGGGAAGGAGGCUAGCACUCCCGGGAAGGAAGAACUCGGAGAGUCCUUAGAGAAGGUGCCUGUCCAGAGGUGGCCCCUGAAGGCUGAGGAGCGAAUUCAGAGAGCAGAGGGGUUGGGAGGGAGCAGCCUGUGCCUGCAGAGUGGGCCCGAGGGGUGGCCUGCCUGCCUGUGUGUGCGUGUCAAGGGUGGGAGCGGGGUGAGAUCGGUCUGUGAAAGAGUUGGGCCUUUUUAGGUGAAAGGGAGCAUCCUGAGCCAAAGACCUGAAAGUCGCCUUGCUUUCCAUUUUAAAGACCCCCUGGGUCACAAGGCAUUGAUUCACCUUUGUUGUGGCUGUGGUGGAAUCAGGAGUGCCAGGGACCCCAUCUGAAAGUCACUCAUGUCCACCGCACGUCACCUCCUGUCUCCUCAGUGUCCCUACCAAGUAGAUACUGCUUUCAUUUUUGCCCUUUGACAAAUAAUAAAACAGGCACUGAGAAGUAACUUGCCACGCUCUCCCACGCAUGGAUGGUGGCACCGUGAGUUUGACCUUGGGCUGGCGCCUAAGCCCAGCCCGGGCAUCACCUGUGGGCUGUGCUGGCGAAGGCAGGAUGGUCCCUGAAGAUUGUCCAAGGCCCAGCCCCUCCUUUCACAGGGACCGAGAGGGAGCACUCCUCGGCAGCCCCGCUGGCCCUUGUCUGUGGCACCCCCUUCUGCCCGCUUCCUGCCGGUGACGUUCUUGGGCACCUCCAGGACUGUACGGUUGCACCGGCAACCCCUCCAGGGCACUGCUCUGGCCAAGGAAGCCAGUGACCCCCUUUUGCUCAGCCAUUCUCCUUGGUGCUUAAUCCAGUAGACACUUCCUUAUCUCCCCAUCACCGGCUUCUCCCCCACAGAGUGCUCUGUCCCCUGCGCUCUGGCCUCCGGUCCAGGCCUCCCUGCGAGGCUUCACAUGGGCUUGUCCCUGGGCUUCUUGUGCUCUGCACCCUCCCCAAAGCCAUUCUUACCUCGUGGCCGCUGUACACGGGCAGCUCCCACACGCCCGGCUCCAGAGCAACAUCCACACCUUCCACCACUGCACCUGGCUCUGCUUCCCGGCCCGUGGCCUGUUGAGAGCCCCCUUCUCCAGCCUGCCCUGCACACAGGCCCCAGGCUGGUCUUCACUCUGUUCUGAGACUCUUUGGGCCGAUUUUAAUGAAGUGUCAUGAGUGUUCUCAUGCUUGCACUCCUCCCAGUGGCUCCCCUGUCGCCUGGAAGGUGGGACGCACGCUCUGCAGUGUGGCUCUCGGUUGUCCCGAGCGUCUGCCCAUACUGCAGUCCAAGAACUUGGAGAGCCUUAGCGAAAGCCUGGAACUCAGACAGAGCAGGGGUCAGCAGAGCUGCCCAAUUCUGGGCUUUUACCAGAACCCAGCUGUCCUGUGAGUGUGCUUUACGUCCUCUGCUGCUCUCAGUGCUGUAGCGGUGUGGGGCCAGAGACCAGAGACCUUCCCGCCUGGCCCCUGGCUAGAGGAGGAGGAAGUGAGUGAGGAAAUGCUUGGUGGGCAGUAAGGCCCUGUUUUAAGAUCCUUCCUCAAAAGUAGUGCUACUUGAGCUUCCAGACCAAGAGCAUUUGGCUGGGGACAGUGUGGGGCCUGCUGUCCGCACUACCCUUUGUGAACACCCCAGGGGACAGCAUCAUCCUUUGCUGCCCUCUCCCCCCUCCGCCACACAGGAGAGGGCACCCGUCCGCAGCCUCGUCUCCUGCUCUGGAUCAGGAGGUCCUAGCUGUGCUGCCUGUCUGGGGGAGAGUGGCAGCUGCGCGUGUGCCGUGGACAGUAGCUGCUGGAGCAGGCCGGGCACACAGGACGGCCGUUGUGCCAGCACAGUAAACAGAGGCCUAUUGUUCUGUAGGAUGCUUUUAGCCACAAAGAGUAAAUGCCACUACUGUCCCCAAAUUAAAGUACACUGUUGGAGGCGGGAAGUGGAUAGGGAUUGGUUAACAGUGGAUUCUUGUCGACUCUGGUUUGGGGUACUUGAGGUUGUGCUAUUCUGUCCAUUUUUAUGUUUUUGAAACUUUGCAUAGUAGUUGAUUAAGAUGCUUCCACUUGCUGGGUACCGUUUCACAUACCUGUGGUUCUUGAUACUUGGGGGGCUGAGGCAGGAGGAUCACAAGUUCAAAGCCAGCCUGGGCAAUUUAGCAAGACUGUCUCAAAAUAAAAUACAUUUAAAAAAAAGAAAGGGGUGGGGAUGUGGCUCAGGGGUAAGGCACCUCAGGGCUCAGUCCCUAGUACUGCAAAAUAAAUAAAAAACCUAAAAUACAAUAAGAUAUAAAAGCCGAGGAUAUAUCUCAGUGGUAUAACACUUGCCUUUUAUGUGUAAGGCCCUGCGUUCAAUCCCCACUCCUGAAAAAAUAAUAAAAUGCCCCCACUCUUGCCCUGGUACAGUAGUGGUUGAGACACUGGGUCGACAGACUCGGGGUCAUGACAUCACUCCAUGUCUUCAGAAUCCUAUGACCUUGGGCAAGUUUUACUAAACUGGGAUUCCUCUUUCAGAAGUCAUCAGUGACUACUUGUGCCCAGCAGAGAAUCAGAUAUUGAAAGUCACCAUCAGAAUAUUGAGAUACUCAUCCUCAAUCUGGGAGACAAGAUUGGGGUCUUGAACAAUAUCUUAGUUCCAUAAACUGUAGUUUUCACAACACUUUUGUGGGCUCAGUUGUAUUAAGCAAUAGGUAAGGCAGUGCUUCAUCAUCGUUGGAUAAGAAAAUAAUUCAAAAGUGAAAAAAGCUAGUUUGACAGAUCUGGGACUAGAAUUCCGGUUGUCUUUACCACUCACCAUGCUAUAAUUUAGGACUCAGUAAAUAGCAAGGGCAGCCUUGUCAAGAGACUGCUGUGUUCUUAUAAACAUCACAGUGCUAAACAGUUGUGCAUGUGUGUUUGUGUGUUGAACUUGAAUGUUUAUUUUCUCGGAGGCACCGCAUGUCAUAGAGAGACUGUGACAGUGGGGCAGAUAGUCCUGCCUCUCCCACUACCCACUGGAAUACUAAGUUCCAUUAUGUGUUAAGACCAUUGACGUGCCAGCAAGAUCCCAGGCCCUGACAGCCCAGCUGCCUUCCUCGAGUAUGGCAUGAGCUAAAGAAAGCCAUCCCUUGGGUGCCUUCUCAGUGACCCUUCCCCUCUUACCCAGCCCAGAGGCAGUUGUGUCAAAAUGCCUUUUUCAUCUUCAUGAAAGCAACUUAAACUAUUUUUUUCCUCUCAAUGCAUGAGUGGCAGGUAAAAUAGUCUCCUUACCGUGUUAAAAAAAAAAAAAAAAAAAAAAAAAAGACCCUGCAUUCCCACCAUUUCCAUGCCGACCAAGAACACGAGGCCCUUCUGUGGUCCGCCCAGUUCAAAUGUGCUGGCAACUGGCAACCCCUUGCCGUCCUGUGCCAGGUUAUGUAGGUAGGUCUGAAUCCCAAGCUGCGAAAAAGAAAAGGCCUAGCUGAAAAUAUUAUC